AUGGAUCGAUUUGAGUGGCUGCGGGGCCAGUGCUGGCUGACCCCUUGGCCCGCUACCCCGCACGUGCCUCAGACUUCCAGGUCUGCCAUAGACUGGGUAUUCAGGGGAACGGCUUCAUUCCACGUUAGCCAACAGGAGCAGUACGGCGGCUCCGGUGUGCACGAUGACAGGGGACCUCUGACGCCUAACGCCCGACAUCUCUUCUUCAAAACGGGACCGAAGUGCCACGACCCAACUGAGACAGCCUGCUGCGUGGGUGUUGUUCAACACUCCGCCAACGACUUGCGGCUGGUCUUCUGCCUGGCAGAUCAAGACGUUUGGGAAAUCGAAGCUUCUCAGGUGCAACGGCUUGUGCUACAGGACAGUGAAGCCGAGGUCCGUCAAGAGAGGCCUGGAAAGCUGCCGGCUGUCUUGAGCGUCAUCUUCCGCCACGUCGUCCUUAAUCUCUACCUUUCGUCGCCCACAAUCGCAGCAGAGGCGCCGCAGGUGCUCUCCAGGGUGGCGGACCUUCUCUCUCGAGCUUUAAAGAAUGACAGCUCUGUGAGACUCACGUCAGGAGGCGAGGCAGGAGCGCCACAGAUGGCACGACCAGAGGAGCUUGCAUGCAACUGGCUGCGCUCUGCCGACGAGCUGGCCGCCAGUGCCCGGAGUACCAGCAACGCCUUGGCAGCCACCGAGAUCGUCGAGGGGGCGCUGACAGCGAUGGCAGCCGCUGCUGUGACACGGGAAAAGGUUCGAGCAGCCGCAGGGAGUGUGCACAGAAAGUAUCCGGUCAGCACGGAUGCUGAGGAGGAGGUCGUAAGGUGGAUGCUGGAGAACCGUGGAAAGCACGAGGGAACGGCUACUGACGUGACUGCCAAGUUGCAAGCCCUCCUCCAAGAACAAAAGAAGCAGUAUGAGACUCGCCUGUGGCUCCAAACAGUGGGCGCGGCGACUUAGAGUGGUCUGUAUUGCCUAAUAUCGGUACGUGGGGAGCCUACUAGCUUGUGGCUCAUGCUUUAUUGUCAUGCCAGCUGUCAUGUCAGCACACGACCAUAGAUACAAUUAUCCGCAUCGUAUGCAUGCCCAAACGAUCAAAUGCACGUCAGAUCGGUUCAUGAGUGUGAAUGAGACACCGGAAUUACAACCACGCCCUCGUGACGUGGAGGAAAACUAACUUGCUGGCCAUCGUACAGUUUGCAUAGGUUCACUGUUGCCGCCCUAUCUCAAACCUUAGAGUGAACAGAAGAAAGAAUGCCUCAGCUGCAUUCUUUCCCCAAUUCACCAGUGCCCUCUAUGCACUGACCAACAUCUACACAUCACUGAGACAAUAAUUACAACCAAUUAUUGUCUCUCCAUUCUAGUUUGCGACACGAAUCGGACAGGACACAAUC